UAUGUCACUUUUGUAAUUUGUUUUUUGUUCCUUUCUUUCACCAUUUUUUAAUGUAAUAUUUGUAUUAAUUUCAAUUCUAAGCUGUAAGUUGUUAUAAUUUCUCUGAUAUAACGAAAAAAAGUGAUUAUAUUACAGCUACAAUGAUAAAGCGCUGUAUCGCGCAACCGGUUAAAAAUGCGAUGUUAUUCUGCAGGAGUAAUUCUGUGGCAUCGCUGCCAGAACUUUCGGAGGUCACACAUGAAAAUACCAAAGCUCUAAGCACAAAUCCACUUGAUCAUCCGGACUACUUCCAAGUGCAUAACCUUUUCACUGUCAAAGAUCUCUUUGAGUCUAGAGUGCACUAUGGACACAAAGAAGGCUCCCUCAAUGAAAACAUGAAACCUUACAUCUUUGGUUCUCGUCAGGGCCAUUUAAUUUUUGAUUUGGACAUCACAGCUAAUCAUUUGAGGGCCGCCCUCAAUUUUGCUGCACACAUCGCCUACCGUGGAGGUAUUAUUUGUUUCUUUAACAGAAAUGCUUUAAAUGCUCACUUAGUCGAAAGAAUAGCACAAGAAUGUGGUGAAUACGCCCAUACAAGAUUCUGGAAGGGUGGUAUCUUUACGAAUGCAAAUCAUCAGUUCGGAGCUGUCACUAGAUUGCCUGAUCUUUGCAUAUUUUUGAACACCCAGAACAAUAUUCUAAGUCAACACACUGCUGUAAGAGACAGUGCCAAAAUGCUAAUACCGACAAUUGGUAUAGUUGAUUCCAAUUGCAGUCCUAAUUUGAUCACAUAUCCAGUGCCGGGGAACGAUGAUACACCAAUUGCAAUUGAACUUUAUUGUAAGCUUUUUAAAGCUGCUAUUGCCAGGGGAAAGGAGGCAAGGAUGAAGUUUUUACAGGAGAAUAAUUAAAGUCGCCAUUGCUUUGUUACAAUAUAAUAUGUUCAACAGUUAGAUAGAAUAAGAUAAUAAUUUAUAAACAAUAACAAUUGAUAAUAUAUUUAUCACUAAAUAUUU